AUGUCCGAUUUCGAAAAGAAACAAGCUAUUAACGACGACGCCGUUUACGAAAAAAAGGACGGCUCAGGAUCACCCGUUGAAGCUCCUGGUUCUGGCGGUGGUGGACAUCAUCAUGUCACCCCAGCCGGUCAGGGUCUCUACGAUCCCAAGCAAGAAUCGAUCUGGACCCGACUCGGGCUCACGUUCGAGUCGUUUAAGCGUGCUCCUGCGACGACUGGUGGCCAAGUAGUCGCCGGUGGUAAUGCAGAGCAAAAUGAACUGCUACACUACGAGAAUCCAAUGUUGCAGCAAAAGAUGCGUCCACGACACUUGCAAAUGAUUGCUGUCGGUGGUUCGAUUGGUACCGGUCUCUUCAUCGGUUCAGGUGGAGCCCUGGCAGUGGGUGGACCUGCUGCCCUCAUCCUGGAUUGGAUCAUCAUCGGUUUCAUGGUACUCAUGACCUGCCAAGCUAUUGGUGAAAUGGCCAUCCUUUACCCUCUUUCCGGUGGCUUUUACGCUCUCGCCGUUCGUAUGCUCGACCCUGCCUGGGGCUUUGCCAUGGGUUGGAACUAUGUCCUCCAAUGGGCCGUCGUACUCCCACUCGAAAUCACCGCUGCAGGUAUCACCGUUGGUUACUGGCAAAACGCGGCAAAAAUCCCACUCGCCGCCUGGAUCACCAUCUUCUUCCUUGCAAUCGUGCUCAUCAACGUAUUCGGCACCCUCGGAUACGCAGAAGAAGAGUUUUGGUCCAGCUGUCUCAAGCUCUUCGUCGUGAUCAUGUUCAUCUUCAUUGCUGUCGUUCUCGUCUGCGGUGGAGGCCCAGCUGGAGGAGAAUAUGACCGCUACAUCGGUGGCUCGCUCUGGCAUAACCCAGGUGCAUUCGCCAAUGGAUUCAAGGGAGUCUGCGCCGUGUUUGUCACCGCCGCCUUUUCCUUUGCAGGUACCGAACUCGUCGGACUCGCCGCUUCGGAGACGCCCAACCCACGCAAGACGAUGCCCAGUGCGAUCAAGAACACCUUUUGGCGUAUCACCAUCAUCUACAUCCUCUCCCUCCUCAUGAUCGGUCUCCUCCUGCCUUACAACGACGAAUUCCUUCUCUUUGGAGGUGGAACCGCCGCUGCGUCUCCAUUCGUCCGCGUCCUCGACCGUGCACAUAUCAAGGGUAUCAACCACCUCAUCAACGUGACCAUUUGCAUCUCCGUCCUCAGUAUCGGUCUCUCCUGCGUCUACGGUGGCUCCCGCACACUCGCCGCCCUCGCCGAAACCGGAUACGCACCCAAAGUGUUUGCGUACGUUGACAAAUCCGGUCGUCCACUCUGGGCCGUUGUCUUCAUUUUGGCCUUUGGACCCCUCGCCUAUGUCAACUUGACCGCCGCAUCCGACGAAGUCUUUGCAUGGCUCCUCGCCCUUUCCGGUCUCUCCACUCUCUUCACCUGGGGUUCCAUCAUGCUCUGCCACAUUCGUUUCCGCCGUGCGUGGGCCGUCCAGGGUCACAGCGUCGAGGAAUUGCCAUUCAGAGCCAUGUUUGGUGUAUGGGGAAGCUGGAUCGGUCUCAUUCUCGUCUUCCUCGUUCUCCUCGCCCAGGCGUAUAUUGCCAUUUGGCCCAUUGGGGGCAUGAGCGAUGAUCCGAAUGAAGUCGCCAGCAAUUUCUUCAAAGUCUAUCUCGCCCUUCCAGUCGUCAUUGCCUGCUAUGUCGUUGGAUACCUUUGGAAGCGAACGACCCCACAGAGGGCACACGAGAUUGACCUCGACACUGGUCGAAAGUGCUGGUACACCGUCGAACAAAUGCGCGAAUACCGCGCAGAGCUCGCGGCUCAGCCAUGGUGGAAGAAGACAUAUCGCAUUCUUUUCUCAGGCUGA